CUCCUCAGGGAGGCAAGAAUUUGAUGCCUGAGGUCCUAGGCAGUUGAGGUCUUUGACAAGUGAUGUGAGAGUCCUGUGUGUCAUAAGAAGCUCCCCACCUCCAUCUGGCAACCCUGGCCACGAGUAGUAGGUUGUUCUUUCUCCACCCAGAGCUUACCGCUCAGGUCCCCCUCGCCAAUUGAAACAAACACCCUCUGACAUGCCCCGGAUGCUGUUGCUCCUCGUUAUCAUGGUCCAUCCAGGAUCCUGUGUUCUCUGGGUGUUCCAGCCCCCUGAGAUUCGUACCCAGGAGGGCUCUGCUGCCCUCUUGCCCUGCUCCUUCAAUGCCAGCAGAGGGAGACUGGCCAUUGGCUCUGUCGCGUGGUACCGGGACAAGGUGGCCCCAGGGAAGGAAGUGAGGAAUGAGACGCCAGAGUUCAGGGGCCGCCUGGCCCCUCUUGCCUCUUCCCGUUUCCUCUGUGACCACCAGGCUGAGCUGCACAUCUGGGAUACCCAAGACUGUGACACUGGAGUCUACGUGUGCAGGGUGGAGGUGCUGGGUCUUGGUGCUGGAACAGGGAAUGGGACUCUGCUGGUGAUAGAAAAAGGACCUCCUUGGCUGGGGGCCAGCACAGUCCUCCUCCUUCGGGCGGCAUUCUAUGCCUUCAGCUUUAUCUCUGUGGCCAUGGGCAGCACCAUCUAUUACCAAGGCAAAUGCCACUGUCACCUGGGAACAUGCUGCCACUCCUCAGAUGGCCUCUGAUGAGUGAUUCGAGACCUCAGCCAUCCCAACCCUCUUCAAGAGACCCCA